GGAACAUUGCAAUUAAGUCAGAGUAUGAGUUAUAGAAGUUGAAUCAGUUUGUGUCUGACGUUGGCGCGAUUCGUUCACGUUGGAAAAGGUUUCGAAAGUUGACGAGUGAAGAGUUUUUGAAAUAUUGUGAUUAUCACGUGCAGUGAAACUAAUUAACGAUUCAAAUAUCACACCAUUACAUCACUUUUUAGUUGGACUUUGAUACAAACACAGUAAAUUGAGUGCUCAGGUUCUUGCUAUAUUUGGUGAAAAUGAAAUCGAUUGUAAAAUGGACAAUUACACACUUAUAUCAACAUUAUCGUCAUAUCUGUUAAUCACCUUUAUUAUUUCCAAGUGAUAACGUUGAAAAUAAUGACAAUUAUGGUGACUUGGUGAUGCGGAGUUGUGUUUGGUGAAGCAGAAUGUGCAAAUGCCUCCAGUAUUGCUUCGAAUCAUGCUACUGGCACCUCAUAGAAAAGCGCUUUUGCUACGACGAAAGCAUAGCUCUGUACGAAGUCCCCGAAAAAGAAGAAAAAAACAACAAUUUCUUCGACAAUAUGGCGUUUUAUGAUAGCGUUUCUGUGAUAGCUGGACGAGCGGUUGUGACCAUUGACCCUUUGCCUGAAGAAAAACCCAUUGUGCAACAACCGACGAGAAAACUGCGCUGGGAAAAUGAAGUGUUGGGGCAGAAUAGGUGGGAAAAGCUUUCGAAAAGCGUACCGGCCAUUUUUGAUGCAGCAAAGAAAGAGGAAGAAAAGCAGAAAAGUGAGGAAGAAAAGAAGACAGAACAUGAACGCAAGAACAAUGAUAAAUCUGAUAAAUCUCGCGACGCUGUCGACAAACCGAAACUGGAAACCUUGAAGCCCGAGAAUCUCGUCCCGGAAAUCCGGCGUAGGUCGUUGGCAGAAAGACGUCUAUCGAAAAGUCUUUACUUGAAAAUCGACCAACCGAAGGAAAUCCCCAUAAUUAGACAACAAUCCAUGCCGAAAUUCUACGUCGACACCCCUGAGGAGAGAGAUCAACAACAUACAUCGAUGUUUAGGACUCCCAGUUCGGCUUUGGCAAGUCCAGUGCCCAAAUCCUCGGCCUUCGUCUACGACUUGUAUUCGGUGGUGCAAAUGGAGAGAGAAAGAGUGAAACAUAUGGAUACUCAGGUUCCUGUGCAUCGGAAGGAGUCCGACAGGUCUUCGAGGCUUUUGCAAAUUAGAGAUAAGAUCAAGUUGAGGAGGGUUAAAAGCAGUUUGGGGACGCCGGUCACUAAUCUUCCCCACAGUCAUCAACAUAUUUAAAAAGCGUUGUAUUUUUAUUGUAUAUGGAAUAAAAGUUUUACUAACAGUUA